UUUGUGUGAAAAUAAUCUCACUGAUGCAUUUCUUUUUUUAGUAUUCAUGCCUGUUGCCAUCAGUUAAUGUCCAAACUAUUACCUAUGAUAACAAAGUGACUAUAAGUAGUUUUAACCGCCAAAUUAUUAAUUUUUUAAUUUUUUUAAUUAAGUGAUGAAGCCAAAUACGUACAUAUUUAUUUAUAUACAAAUUAUUACCAUUAUCUAAUAAUAUGCCUUAGUUGUGAUUUUAAGUCUCAAAAGGUUGACAUAAUUGACUUUAAAUAUGACAUAGAACAUAAUAAUGACUUUAUCAUUUAAUGUUUAAAUUUUUUCAACCAUUUGACAAUGAAAUAUAAUUUUGAAUAACGUAUUUCAGUAAUUACAAUUUAACUACAAAAUAGACAUAAUUGUCAUAAUUUUCCCCUUAACGUUGUCUCUCCUAAUAUUGAACAUUUUUAAAGUUACAUUUUCAGAAAAUUACAUUCUUUUAUCUUUCAGGCAUCUAUUAUGUCUAGUCACGUUGACACUACCUCGAAACGUCGACUUAUAACAAAGCUUUUACUUCAAGAUUCUUUUUCUUAUAAAUUACUUUGCAUAUCGACCCACCACCACCACACGUCGUAUUCAGAAUUUUACAUUUUUAAUUCGCAAUUUUAUUUAUUUUUUAUAUAUGUCUCGUAAUUUCAACCUUUGUAACUGUUUUGUUUUUGCAGAGAUCCGCUCUAUCUUUGCGAAUUAAUAAAUGUUUCAAAUUAAACGGCUGAAAUUCACGUAAAGGAUAUAUGUAAUAUAUGCACAACUAAUGCGUUAAUAUUUGAAAGCGAUCGUCCUUUCCCUUAAAUGCUCCCGUGUAGUCCCACAACAACACCAGUAGGGAUAGAGAGCUGUAGUGAGCCGGUGUUACUCAUCAUAGCCAUUUUCCUGUCUGCUCCGCUCUCCGCCACGUUGGUUUGCCUGCGUGAGUCCUGCGCACCACCAACGUUACUUUUGUGAAAAGGCGGGAAAUGGCGUCCGCGGACAUGGUUGAUCUGUGAUUGCCGACCGAGCGAUACAAACCGCUGGCAACAGCGGCCCGACCUCUACCGGUGGGUUGCAACGAUCGCGGCUGGGAGCCGACAGUGGUGCAGCCCGGGUUCCACAGCUUUCCGGAUCGUCGAUUUUUUUAUGUGACGGUGAAGCAUAAUGAAGCUGAGACCGCGUAAAGCUUCUCAGCAGCCAAAUAUCAGGCAACAUGGUCUCUCGGUAAAGGGCAAGCGGAAGCACUGCCAAGUGAAGCCAUCUCUGGGCAGAGGUCGAAGGAACAUGCAGAAGAACCAGACAGGCCUGAUAUCCACCAUUAGGAAGUUCAUUCAUGGAAGCCCAGUCAAGGUGGAGCAGGACAUCCCUGCUAAAAGGAGUCGAAUCGAUUGCAAUUCCGCCAGUAAUCUGAUUGCUUCAUCCACACAGACCAGAGGCCUUUCCAACAAAUCAGUCUCCAGAGUACGCCGAGAAAGACCAAACAAAGACACAACAAUGUGCAACAAUAAACCCAUAAAACCAAAUGGUAAACUAGAUGACCCCCUUGAAGCAGCUGGCAGUCCACCACGCACCGCCCUGCUCGGAACAAUCUUUUCUCCAGUCUUCAACUUUUUCUCACCAGCCACUAAAACUGCCACUCCUGGCUCAGACUCUCCGGGACAGGCUAUAAGGGCAGAGGAAAUCGUGAAGCAGCUGGACUUGAACCAGGCAGAAGAAAUGCCCAGCAGCACUCUCACAUCCAUAGAGGACAUCACCACGUGUCACACUGACCCUAACUUGCCAGCCAGGGUUCAAAUUCCCUCCAACACGAUCUACGAAGAAGGAGCGAUUGUCACUGACACAGACAUACCUCCAUUAACAGCUCCUGUUUACAUAUAUGAUGAGGACUGGGAGGUGUUUGAUCCGUAUGUCUUCAUCAAGCAUGUACCUCCCCUGACAGAAGAGCAGCUUACACGCAAACCAGCACUACCUUUAAAGACACGCAGCACACCCGAGUUCUCUCUGGUCCUAGAUCUGGAUGAGACUCUGGUUCACUGUAGUUUAAAUGAGCUGGAAGAUGCAGCACUGACAUUCCCUGUGUUAUUUCAAGACGUAAUUUACCAGGUGUACGUUCGGUUGAGACCCUUUUUCAGAGAAUUUCUAGAGCGCAUGUCUCAGAAGUACGAGAUUAUUCUCUUCACUGCUUCAAAGAAAGUCUACGCUAACAAGUUACUCAACAUCCUGGAUCCCAAAAAAAAGUUGGUCAGACACAGACUGUUUCGUGAGCACUGCGUGUGCGUCCAAGGUAACUACAUUAAAGAUCUCAACAUUCUUGGACGAGAUCUUUCCAAGACGAUAAUAAUUGACAACUCACCCCAAGCCUUUGCUUAUCAGCUUUCCAAUGGAAUUCCAAUAGAGAGCUGGUUUGUAGAUAGAAAUGACAAUGAGCUUCUAAAACUGGUCCCUUUCCUGGAGAAUUUGGUGGAGCUGAAUGAAGACGUCAGGCCACACAUCAGAGAGCGGUUUCGUUUGCACGACCUCCUCCCUCCAGAUUAAGGACUUGAUUGUCGUUUUCAGGUUUUAACCUUUGGACUGACCACUGGAAUGGUCUGAUUUCAGUGGAGUUGUCUGCAAAAGAAAAUGUUGCCAUUAUUAGGAUUCUCAUGAUUAUUUUUAAUUCAUAGAAAAAGAAAGAGAAGUUCACGAGUGACUCCUGGAUGUUUUCAUAAGAAUUGCACUUAAAGCUGACCUUCAGAACAAACUGACCAGACGCUGCUGGCUGCAGCGUUUUCUUUACUUUCUGUCCCCUUCUGAUCAAGUGUGACCUUGAAGUCCUCCUGGACGCUGUUCUGUCUCUAAGGAAUCUCUUUGGAUUGAGAAAGCUGAAGGUGAUGCAGUGUUGGAUUAAUGGACCUCAUUGGCUUCAGCCUGACUGUGAACAGCCAGUCGAACUUAAAAUAUUCACUCUACUUACCUGUACAUACAUGUACAUAUUUCUUUUUCUCCUUUGAGGUUUUUAAGUCAGAUCAUGUCCACUCCAGAUUUUUGGUAUGUAUUCUUUUGAUUUGGUUUCUUUUAUAAAAGAGAAAUUAUGUUGUGUUUUGUUUGAAGUUGUUGUUGAACCGCUGCUUCUUUGUUUGCCUGCAUUAUUCUCGUGAUGCUUUACUCCAUUACAUGCAGUUAUCUGUAACAGUGCAGUUUUUAAAAAAACAAAAGGUAUCUUUGAGAGGGAAAAAAAAAACUUUCUGAAAUGAGAUUUUAAAACUGUCAUGUAAAAAAGAUUAGAUUCUGAAAUGAAUACAAGCCAUAGUGGCAGAAGAAUAAUUUUGAAAUGUUUGUGUUGGAGAGUCCAUUUCUAAAUUCAGUACCUACUUCCUAUUUGAUGACCAGGUGGUGGUGUUUGUGGGGGUGGGGGAGGUCGGGGAGGGAUCGGCAUCUUGCACUUUGACGUCCAGCCCUUUCUAAGGUAAAUGUAAAAUCUUGUCACUUUUCUACACUGGUGUGCAUCACCUGGAUUUGGUAUGUGGGGAAAAAAUCUGUAGCACCAGCAAAUUGCCAACUUGGUUGCUUUUAAAUCUUGUUUUCCAAGAUGUCCUAUAUGUGGGAUCUUUAUGACUUGAGGAGUUUUAUUGACUUUUGAAUGAAUCACUCCUGUUGUAUUCAGUGUUACUUAAUGGUUUCCUUGGAAAUAAAAAAAAAAAUUUUGUAAGA